AUGGAGUUGGCCCAUAAAUACGUCUACCUAUACAAUGAGCGCAUUGUCAUCUACUUGGACACACCGUGGAUCCAGCAACUUAUGUAUGCCUCCAUGAAGAUAGCCGGAUUUGUUACCUUGACUGUUCGUUCUACAGACAAGCAGGGUGCAAAGAUUAAAGCGCUCCGCCUAUUUACCGAUCCUCACUCAAAGACGCAAAUCCUGGUUGCAAACAUCAACAUCAUGGCCACCGGGGUAAAUCUGCACGACGCCUGUCGUGUUGGAGUGAUCCCAGGGCAUCUGCAAGCACCUCGCAAUCUGCUGCGCUUCCAGCCGAGGGCCCUCGUCCGCCAGCAUUACCUUGCGGACAGACCAGGGUUACUCCAUUCUUAUAUGGCGCUCAUGUCGACCCAGCAGACGGCUCUGCCGGGAUCGCUUCCAGAGAAGAAGAAUGCCCAACUGUCGGCCAUUGCCAGGGAUCAAGAGACCGCCAUGAUGAAGGCUGAGCGCGAGAAGAAUACCGGCCCCAAAGCUGACCAGGACAUCAGCAUGGAGAAACUCAGAGACAUGCGUGGCCAGCUGAGACAUCAAACUCUGGCAACAGUUUCAAUCGCCAACUGA